UCGCGUUUGAAGCAACAGCAGCAGCAUCAGACAAGGGAUAACAAUGAUGGAAGAAUUGGAAGACGGCGAGGCUCCCCCUGCUGAGGAUCUGUCUCAAUGCAACACCUGUAAAAGAUGGUUCUUCCCUAAAGUCUUGGAGAAACAUGCGAAAAUCUGCCAAAAGACGGCAACAAAAAGGAGGAAGGUUUUUGACUCCAGUAGACAGAGAGCUGAGGGCACCGACAUCCCCGUCCUUAAACCUAUCAAACCAAAGUCACAAAGUUCAUCUGCUACUGAGAAAGCAGAGCCUCCGAAGAAGCCAUCCAACUGGCGCAAGAAACAUGAGGACUUCAUUGCUACCAUCCGGGCUGCCAAGGCCCUCACUCAGGUCAUGAAGGAUGGGGGACCGUUACCUCCACCUCCUCCUCCUACUUAUGACCCAGACUAUAUUCAGUGCCCUUAUUGCCAGCGGAGGUUUAACGAGAGUGCAGCUGACAGACACAUCAAGUUCUGCCAGGAGCAGGCUGCCCGUAUACCCAACAAGAGCAAGUUAGGAGAUGCCAAGAAGCCUCCUGGUCGCACACAGUACAAGCCUGCUCCUGUAAAGAAAGCCAGCGCUCCUGUUAUGUCAGCCAUCCCUUCAGCUUCCUCCCGUUUACCCCAGAGAUCAGGCCUUGGACAGCCCACUGGAAUCCCCUCUAAUAAGGCCUCCUCUGCAGGUUCAGUGAGGAUUAAUCCCUCUGGCCUCACAAGCCCUCCAUCAGGCGUGGGAAGUAAGAUGCGAUCAGCGAGCUCCGGCUACGGCUCGGUGAGGAACACUCAUUCUGGAAUGGGAGUCAACAAGAAGAAAGUAGAUACCUAUAUAUCUAGGAACGAUGUCGAUGGCGGGUCCGACAUAGGAAACGGUGGAUUGAAGAGCAAGUUCUGUCAUGCUUGCGGGACCAAGUACCCUGUUGAAUCCGCCAAAUUCUGCUGUGAGUGUGGGGUCAGGAGGAUGUGCAUCUGAUGGCUGUCAGAAGGAGGAUAAAAUUAGGGGAAAAUAGGGAUACACCGGUACUCAAGCGAGCAUCACAGGGUUUCACCAAAACUCACUAGAAUUUUACAUUCAUCCAUUCCACCGUGUGUUUUCAUACACGGGUCUAGUUUCACAGCAGUACAGUGGUGUAAUCUGCAGACAGUCCCACAGCACUGUGUUUGCUUUUCCAAUUGCCGUCUGGACCAAAAUACAGAUUAGAAAAAUCCAAAAUAAAGCCAUUAAGGAACAAUUGUAGAGUAGUUCUGCCCUUUUUUCUAACACAAUUAUAAUGACUUACCUGGGAUAAAGGUAUAUUAAACUGCGGUCAUUUUCAUGAUAUCAGUAGCUGAUAUGACUGACGCAGGAAAAACGAACAUAGCUCAUUAUGGCUGGAUUUGCCCACAAUGUCGCUGCUGUCUCCACUAGCUCCUACACAUAACCAUUAUUGCUGUGAAACUAGAGGAUAUGGGGGGAUUAAGAAUUUCUUAUGAGGAAAAAAAACAUUUCCAGUUAAUUGUUUUUGGUCUCAGUACUGGCAAUUAAAGCUAUUGGUGAAUCCUUGGAUAAUAAUAGAGGACAGAUGAUCAAGAGUGUAGGUGCAAGAUAAGAAGUGGGUUGUAAAAUGUGAAAAAGAAAGUAAAGAUAAAGUGUAAAUCAUUAGAGGUGCGUGUGAUUACCCCUAUAUCUCAAUUCCCAGUCAACUGUGACUGAAAUAUAUUCCUUAAUUCCAUCUGCCUCCUGCUUCCUCCCAAACAGGAUAUGUUACUAUUGUAGUGCAAUAUGAUUGACUACUGAAAAAAACAACUGGUUUUUUUUAUGGGAACAUUUUUGGAAUUCUGGGUUGAUAUCACCUAGGUUUGGCAGGGACCGGUCCAAAAAGUUAACUACCUGUUAAAAGUCAGUGCUCCCUUUACUGCCACUUUAUAGGCAAUGCUUGUGCCCAGUUCUCUUAAGGUUACCAACAUAGGCUGGAUGUUUCCAGAUAAAUGUAGCAUUUACUCAAUCCCCUUUUCCCCCCUCUCAUUUUAUACAGUGAAAUGAGUCAUUUAUUUUCUUAUUCCCUUUUAAUUUUCACCAAAUGAACAAUGACUGCAUCUUUUCUUAAUGUUCUACAGAAUUAAAAUUUGUGUUUUUAUUUGAAUUUGUAUGAAACCUAAAUGCACCUGGAUAAAGUGGCAGUUGUUUUUUUUCCUUUCAAGUGGUUCUAUUGAGGCACUAUUCAGUGCAUUAAGGUAUUUAGGAUCAAAAGUAUAGUUACACUACAGUCAUUUUGGUUGAUCUCUCUGCUUGAUAGAACAGACACUAUUUAUAACCCCACACAGUUCAUUCACCGGUGGGGACAACAAGUGUGAAAGGCCUCUUGAGGUGCAUAUUAAAUGUUCAUUAACCACCAGACAUUCAUAAGUUAUUGAUCAGUGAUUAGAUACGAUAAUCUUUAAGAAGUAAGGCAUUUGUUCCAAGUUCCAAGAAGCAAACUGCAUUUAUGUUACAUGACAGGAAACAGACUGAACAGACUGGACAGGUGUGUUUUCUUUCUGAUUACAACAUUUGUUAGCCUGGAUACAGUUUUACACUUAACGCCAUGUAUAUCCACCAUCAAUAAAUGUGUCGUGAAGACAGCUUUAAUGGAGUUGUGACCGUCUGUUGAGGAAAGAGGAAGAAAACAUUACAGUUCUGUAAUACUGGAGAUCAUUUAAGGUAAGAAGUACAUAGUAAUGCAUUAGCUUUUGCAUUAGUUUAGCUAUAAAUAUAUUUGUAAUACAUAUAGUGUGGGUCAUAUCCAAUAUUACUUGCUCUAUGUGCUAAAAAUGAAACAUUUAACAAACAAAAAUUAGCAAAAUGAGAAUGCAUUAUGUAUUGUCCCCAACAGUAAAGGAAAAUGGUGAUAGCCAUCACUACUGAUAA